GCGGCGGAGGAGGGGAAGUGAGGCGGGCUCGCGAGGCGCCUUUUCCGGCGGUGCUGGCUGAGGGAGCGGCGCGGAGCGGAGCCGGCCCCGAGCCCCGCUGGGCCGUCCUCAGGUUGGGACGCCGAGCCGCCGCCCUCUGAGCCGGCAUCCAUGAGCUGAGAGGCGCCGGGGUGGGAGCCAAGGCAGCGAGCCGGGCGGAGCCGCCGCCGCCGCCUAAGGCCCGGUGGAGGAGCGGAGCAGAACGCGGCGCGGCCACUCUUCCCGCACCGCUGAGGCUUCUCCUCACCCCCACCCCUUUGCUCCCGUCCUGCUUCUUCCGCAGCCGCCCCAUGCGCGGCCGGCGUUGAGCCCCGCCUGCCCUUGCCCUGACACCCCCUCCUACCCCUUUCGCCCCGCCGGACCGGCUCCGCUCCGCUUCGGCCCCCGCCCAGAGCGGGCUGCUCGGGUGGGUCGGCGCUCGCCCUCUGCUCCCCCCCAACCCCUGCCCCGGAGGCGCCGGGCCCCUUGGAUGCCGCCGAGAUGGGCAAGGUGCUGUCCAAGAUCUUCGGCAACAAGGAGAUGCGGAUCCUGAUGCUGGGUCUGGACGCGGCUGGUAAAACUACCAUCCUGUACAAACUGAAGCUGGGCCAGUCCGUCACCACCAUCCCUACCGUGGGCUUCAACGUGGAGACGGUUACGUACAAAAACGUCAAGUUCAACGUGUGGGAUGUGGGGGGCCAGGACAAGAUCCGUCCCCUCUGGAGGCAUUACUACACGGGCACGCAAGGCUUGAUCUUUGUGGUGGACUGCGCCGAUCGAGACCGCAUCGACGAGGCCCGCCAGGAGCUCCACCGCAUUAUCAACGACAGGGAGAUGCGGGACGCCAUCAUCCUCAUCUUCGCCAACAAGCAGGACCUGCCCGAUGCCAUGAAACCCCAUGAAAUCCAGGAGAAACUGGGCCUGACCCGAAUCAGGGAUAGAAAUUGGUACGUGCAGCCCUCCUGUGCUACUACAGGGGAUGGACUCUAUGAAGGGCUGACAUGGUUAACGUCCAAUUAUAAAUCCUAAUGAGAGAAUUUAACUAUUUAGUCUACAAAGAAUUAAAGAAAACAAACCAACAAAUAAC